AUGGAAGAUAGUUUCGAACAACUUGUUGCUGCACUUGCCAUCUCACCAUUAUCGACCACUGUAAUGAAUAAAAUUGCAUUCAUUCUCAAAGAACAAAUCUGUCAAUCUAUAUCAUCGUUUGUUGUUAAUUCAUUACAAUCUUUGGUCACACUCGAACAUUGGUCAUGGCAAGUAUUGAGUCAAGAUUACCGACGGUGGAUCGACGAACAGAGUUGUAACCAACUAUUUGAUGCUCUUCAUUCAUGGAAUAUUAAAUUGAUUUCAACUAAUGAUGAAAUUCAGUCUGAUACGAAAGCGACAUUAUUGAUUCCAUCAAAGAAUGAAUGGAUUGAUGGUGUACUCGAUCAAAUCAGUACCGGUGAUGAUACAUUUGUAACAGUGUCCAGUCUUUGGUUCGAUAUUCUCGCCUACUUUGUUUUUGAACAGUCGGAUGUUGUAUGUUCACCAAAUAUUAUUCAUAUUAGUAAUCGAUUGAGUCGUGAUUUCGUGAUGACUGAUCAAUAUAAAUCUUACUUGCAAAAACUAUGUGAAUCAAAUAUUUCAAAUUUAAAUUUUUCAUUUACCAGUCAAGAUAUAAUCAAAUUUCUCCGUGAUGAUUAUUCACAAAUGAUUCUUAUACAAAGUAAUACUCUUAAUUCAUGGAAUACAGAAUUACUUUCUUGUGUCGCGCAUUUGACCGGUCUCAUUUCUUCAACUUGUUGGUGGGGUGGUCAAAAGGCCGAACAUAUUGAAAUGCUUAUUCCAUCUGAAGACACAACCCAUAGUCUUAUUCUGGCAUUCAUUCGUAUAGUGAGUCAUCCACCAUUUCAUCGAUAUGUCGGGAUUUCACGAUGUCAUUUAGGUUUCUUGAGUUUGUCAACCAACGAUACAAUUCAAACGACAACAGCUCAUCUUAAGAAAGCAUUAUUUUUUGUCGAGAUGUGCGAUAAUUAUCCAAUGAUAUAUGAUAUUCUCUGGUCUCUGUCAUUUAAUGCAUCGAUUCAAGAACAACUUCGAUCAAAUUCUUCAUUCUUGGCCAAAUUAGCUAAACUUGAAAACGAAUCGAGUGAUUCUAACAUUCGUAGAGCUGUGAAUGGCAUUCUGUGGCUUUUAGAUUCGAAUCACGAAGAUAAUGUCGUAUCAAAAAAUGUCAAUAAUAAACGAUUUGAUGUUAUGAUUAGUUAUUCACAUAAAGAUCAGCAAAUCUGUAAGCAAGUGCAUGACAAACUCGUUCAAGCUGGAUAUCGAAUAUGGAUCGAUUUCGAUCAGAUGCACGGCAAUGUGAUGGAUGCAAUGGCACAAGCUAUCGAACAAUCUCAUGCUAUUAUUAUUUGUAUGAGUGAACAUUAUCAGAGAAGCAACUUUUGUCGAGCAGAAGCACAAUAUGCAUUUCAACGAAAACUUAAAAUGAUACCAAUUCUUUUGCAGAAACAUUAUAAACCGGAUGGUUGGCUUUCAUUUCUAAUUAGUCAAUUGCUCUAUAUUGAUUUUACUAAACAUGAAUUUUCCAAAGCGAUUGAAAUAUUAUUCAAAGAACUCAAAUUUGCAUACUCGCAUAAUAACGCGACAAUAGCAUCUACGAAACCGAAAACAAAUCAUACAGACCAAUCGAUUCCCUUCAGUUCUCUGACGCAAUUACCAUCGACACGGACGAUAUUUCCUGAAAAUAUCCGAGAUUGGACUAGUUCACACGUACAUAGUUGGCUCUUAGAAAACAAUCUUACACAAAUGGCUCGUAUUUUGACGGAUGUUGAUGGUUCGAGUUUAAUCUAUCUGAAUGAAUACAUCAUGAACGGUGAACCACAACAAAUUCUGUUAUUACUUCAACAAGAUUCACAUCAACAUGCUAAUGAAGUUUUGUCACUUGUUGAAUUAGCUCGUUUCAGAAGUUUAAUCGAGAAAAAAGGACUCACAACGUUGACAUCUGUCAAACAAUUUAAAAAUAUGAAUCGUACCAUCACGAAUAGUGAUCACUCAAAAUGUUGUAACAUUAUGUAG